CAAGUGUGUAAAACCAUCAACGAGUGUAAAAGCAGCCUGUAAACUGUAAAGUGCCUUGCACAUGCCAAGGACCAUCGCCGUUGCCGCUCUACUGCCAUCUUGUCCUCUCCGUCACCCCAGCCCCAAGGGCAGCCUUGGUGACAUCCAGCUGCACAGUGAGCCUAGUCUCAGAACUCUCCAUGCCCAGAGAUUUCCAGCCUGCAGGGGCAGAAACUACUCAGACUUGGGCUAGACCAUGGCAGUUCUCAUUUCAUCUUUAAUCAUCCUCAAGACAGCUGCCCAGAGCAGGUUUUCUCCAUCUGCUUGCCGCGUGAAGAGACCAAGAUGCAGAGCAGAGAAGGCCCCGCGUCUCCCAGGUGACCACGCCGGCCUCAGGACAUGCACGGACACAGCCGGAACGGGCAGGCCCACGUGCCCCGGCGGAAACGCCGCAACCGCUUCGUGAAGAAGAACGGCCAGUGCAACGUGUACUUCGCCAACCUGAGCAACAAGUCCCAGCGCUACAUGGCGGACAUCUUCACCACCUGCGUGGACACGCGCUGGCGCUACAUGCUCAUGAUCUUCUCCGCGGCCUUCCUCGUCUCCUGGCUCUUCUUCGGCCUCCUCUUCUGGUGCAUUGCAUUCUUCCACGGUGACUUGGAGGCCGGCGCAGUGGUGCCAGCCGCGGGGGGCCCGGCGGGCAAUGGGGGGGCGUCCCCAGCGGCCCCCAAACCCUGCAUCAUGCACGUGAACGGCUUCCUGGGCGCCUUCCUCUUCUCCGUGGAGACGCAGACGACCAUCGGCUACGGCUUCCGGUGCGUGACGGAGGAGUGCCCGCUGGCGGUCAUCGCCGUGGUGGUCCAGUCCAUCGUGGGCUGUGUCAUCGACUCCUUCAUGAUCGGCACCAUCAUGGCCAAGAUGGCGCGGCCCAAGAAACGCGCGCAGACUCUGCUGUUCAGCCACCACGCGGUCAUCUCGGUGCGCGAUGGCAAGCUCUGCCUGAUGUGGCGCGUGGGCAACCUGCGCAAGAGCCACAUCGUGGAGGCCCACGUGCGCGCGCAGCUCAUUAAGCCUUACAUGACACAGGAGGGCGAGUACCUGCCGCUGGACCAGCGGGACCUCAAUGUGGGCUAUGACAUCGGCCUGGACCGAAUCUUCCUGGUGUCGCCCAUCAUCAUAGUCCACGAGAUCGACGAGGACAGCCCGCUCUACGGCAUGGGCAAGGAGGAGCUGGAGUCCGAGGACUUCGAGAUCGUGGUCAUCCUGGAGGGCAUGGUGGAGGCCACGGCCAUGACCACCCAGGCCCGCAGCUCCUACUUGGCCAGCGAGAUCCUGUGGGGCCACCGCUUUGAGCCCGUGGUCUUCGAGGAGAAGAGCCACUACAAGGUGGACUACUCCCGCUUCCACAAGACCUACGAGGUGGCCGGCACGCCCUGCUGCUCGGCCCGGGAGCUGCAAGAGAGCAAGAUCACCGUGCUGCCCGCCCCACCGCCCCCGCCCAGUGCCUUUUGCUAUGAGAAUGAGCUGGCCCUCAUGAGCCAGGAGGAAGAGGAGAUGGAGGAGGAGGCAGCGGCGGCUGCGGCCGCUGUGGCCGCGGGCCUGGGCCUGGAGGCAGGCUCCAAGGAGGAGGCGGGCAUCAUCCGGAUGCUGGAGUUUGGCAGCCACCUGGAUCUGGAGCGCAUGCAGGCCACCCUCCCGCUGGACAAUAUCUCCUACCGCAGGGAGUCUGCCAUCUGACCUCGGGGCCCUGCCCUCAUCGCCUCUGCCGGGGUGGGAAGCCAGGACCUCUCCCACCCUCAGGACAGAGCUGACCUAGCUCCGUGGACCUCCUGGAGGAAGGUGGGGACACCCAAGACUGGAGGCCCUUCCUGCUGACUGCAGCACCCAGGCCUGGGAAGGGCCCGGGGACUCCCAAGCUCCCAGCCCCUACCUGCCGGUGGCUGUGGCCCCACACCCUCCACCGUUUCUGCACCGACCCUUCAAGGACGUGCCCCCUGUGCCCUCAGAACUUGGGGAAGGUGGCUGGACUGCUGGGGGGUGGGCAUCCCGGGGUUCGGGAGGGCAGGGGGUGGGGCUAGGGAGGGGGAAGGGCGCGUUUCUCUUGCAUGACUACAGCCUUGUGCUCUCACGACUUUCUUUUGUAAAUAUCUACAAAUGGAGUGAGAUGGAGGUGCCCGCUCCACCUCUGCCAUUUUACCUGCAGGACAAGGGGAUGUCACCCCUCUCUCCGCUCCCACCGUCAUGCCCAGCCCCUUUCCCUGCCCAGCUGGCUGUCCCCGGAGCCCCUUCAAAGCCAAAGCGUGACCCCUGGAUGGUGUCGGGUUUGGGUGCAGAGGCAGAACCCCGAGAGGCAGGCUGAGGACCUGUCCCCCUCCCUCGCUGCAGUCCUCCGGGUCCCCCUGGCCCAGCUCAGACUGAUAAUGGAGUUUGUAACUAUCUAUUUUUAAUAAAGUACAUGGUCCGAGGGGCUGAGCUGGUUGAGAGGGA